GCCGGCGCUAACUCGCAAUAGCAGCGCUGCCCAGCGCGGAGGAGGACAGGCUUCGGCUAGCGGGCGUCUCGCAUCGCUCCACCGUCGCUCCUUGGCCACGCGGGCAGCCUCGCGCUCGGCGUUUGUGUGCGGAGGCAAGCACCAGAGCCAGCCGCGGAGGGCGCUCCUGCGGCCGCGUAGGUCUCGCGGAAGGAAUAACCAAAGAUGACCGACGUACGGGGCGCCACCGAUGUGUUGCGAGUACCACCGAAGCCGCCCAAAACCAGGAUGCGCGACGGCGUGCCCUGGUACGAGAGCACGAAGUCGGCGAACAUUGUGAAGAUCGAUGCCGUGAAAUCCAUAAAGCCGCGGCCGUGGAAGCGCGAGCAUUAUGGGGUCCGGCGCGACAUCCACGAGGAGAUGGUGGCGCGAUGUGGCGGCACGCGCGCCUCGAGGCAGGCUUUGGACCUGGCUAUUCACUUACUGAGGUAUGAAAAGGAGCACCGCUCGCAGAUGGACAAAGCCGAGAAGGACGAGAAACGGGAAAGGGAAGAACUCCUGGAAAGAAGAAGAGUAAGAAGGGAAGCUCAUCUAGAGAGAGAGCGGGACAAGGCGCAGUUCAUGGCUUCUUGGAUGAACACUGGCUACGACACCUGGAAGAAGGCUCUGACGCGGGAACGACAACGCGUCCGCCGGGAUCUGAGGUUCGAACUGUCUUUGUUAGAUACGAAGAAGGUCGAGGAGCAACAAAGGAACGCGAACGCGUCGCGCGACCAGAAGAGCGGAUGCGAAUGGUUUGAAAGGAACAUGACGCGUUUAGGAAUUGCCGGUCCAUCUUCCGAUUUAAAUACGGCUCCCCGGUCACCGGAGUCGGCCCCGGUCUUCCUCAAGCGCAUGGAGGAGCACGUCGCUGAAAAUACGGGUGAUCCAAAAGAGACGUACGACCUCAUGUCCACUCUGAAAGACAAGGGCGACCGGAACCGGAACGCCGCCUUCGAGAAGGCGCGACGGCAGCGGAAGAUGCACGUCGAGCAGCGACGAGCUCAGAAAGAAUUAGAGGCGCAUCGAGCCGAGCAAUCGAGGUUAGAUGCCUUCGCGGAGAAGGCUCGCGCGCAGCGGAAGCUCUCGGAAGCUCUGUGGGAGAAGUCCUUGGCGAAAGAAAAAGCUCAACAACAAAUGUUGACAAGGAUCGAGAAGGAGGUCGACGAAAGAGUAGCCAAGGCCGACGAAGCGUUUGAGACGUUAAAAGAGGAAGCUCGAGAACGGGCCAAGGACCCCGAGCGGUUGGCGGCAAUUCAGGCAAUCAUAGAUGAAGAAAGGGCCAAGCAUGCGGCGCGCAAGCACGCGCAUGCUUGUGAGUAUGCUAGAGACGCCGUCUCCAAGUUCUUAGACAUGGUCUGUGUGGUCCUGAAAGUGCGGGAAGACAACGGCCGGAAGCCCAUGCCGUUUCCUGAGUAUCGGACGCUGAAGGAGGUUUACGUGUCGGCAGAGCCUUACUUCGUCGACGACGAUCCGGGACCACCCCCACCAGGAGACGCGAGCGCUUCCGCGAGGAAGGCCGUUGUUGAAAGAUUGGCCUUCGAGGCUGGUGAAGGCGACUGGAGCUGGGGCAUCAGUCACGAGGAGCGCUUCGGUAGGGACAGUCGCGAUCCUGUUAAUCUGGCGACGGAGACGCUGUCACUGCUCAUUGGCGACGACCCGCCCUCGCUGCGACCUGCAGUACCAGAAGUGCCCUCUACGAAGCGCAUUUGCGUGCUGGGGCCCUCCAGUGAAUUAGUCGCGGACGGCGCGUCGGUGAUGGGCCUCGUGACUUGUACAGCAUCGAUAGCGGUCGCCGCGGCUUUGAGGAAGGCCGAGGCCGCUCUGGCGGCAAAGCAGGAGGCCGCCGAGGCUUUGGAUGCGGCCGUCGAGGGCGACGACCUCGCCGUCCUCGAAGAUGCAUUGGCGCAAGCUCGAGAAAAGGGCGUCGAGGACCUCUCCAGCGCCGAGGCGCGGCGCGCCGAGCUCAAGGAGCUGGCGGCCGCGGCCGCGCCCGCGCCUGCGGAAGGAGAGGAGGGCGAAGAAGAGGCUGGCGAAGCCGAAGAGGAGGAGCCGGAGGAGCCGGUAAUACCGCCGCUCCAGGCGCGCGGCGAGGCCCUGCUCCAGCUGCCCGAGGCUGCUGUGAAUUACGAGAGCGAGGACGAGGAGCCCGAGGAGGAGGAAGGAGAGGAGCAACCGGAGGCGGAAGAAGAAGGGGCCGACGAGCUCGUCGAGCCGGAGCCAGAGGAGGAGGAGGACCCGGCCGUCGUCGAAGCGCGGCUCCAGGCCAAAAAAGCAAGGGCCUUCGAGAGGAAAGUAAAAGCCCUCGCGGACGCGGCGCCGGACGCGCUCCUCGCCGAGACGGUGGUCGCGUUCUGCCACGAGGCCGCGGACCAGGGACGGGGCUUUUGCGUGGGCGGCUACCCGAGGACGCUCGCCCAGGCGGAGCUUCUGGAACAGGCCUUCCGUCCCGAGGCGGAGGACGAGCCGUCGCCCACGUGGGACGGUCUCAUUACGCUAAAGCGAGAACCCGCCGACGACGACGCGGCGGCGCCGGCCCCGGCGCCCCAGGAGGGCGACGCCGAAGCGGAGGAAGCUCAACAGGCGGCCGAGGCCGCCGAGGCGGAGCGGCUCGAGGCUGAAAGAGUUGUGGACGAGAUCGCAAGUGCGGCCAACGCCGCUAUCAAAUUGACCUGGGCGCCGGACCACCUCAUUCGAUUAGAGGAGCGCGUCGCGGCCUGCGUCUGCGUCCUCGAGGACUACGAGGCGGACACGCCCGUCGAAGCGGAAGAGGUAGAACAGGGCGAUAAGACGCUCCUCGAGAAGUUUAGGGCGAGGAAGCAGAUUUCUACAGUGUUGGCCGAAGCGACGGAAGCAGGUAGGUUGGAAGCCACGAUCGCGGCCAAGGCCGAGGAACGCGUGUCUCUCCUCAGCCCGGCGGCGCGCAUCUGGCGCGACCGGGAGCUCGGGGUGAGGGACGUGGACCUCGAGCGGGCGAAGCAGUCCAUCGACGGCUGGCACAACGACCUAGAAGUUCAUAGAGAUUGCGUCGCGCAGUUCUGCACCGCUUUGGACGACCAGCGCGCGUUGAUCGAGAUGCACUGCGCCUGGGCUCGUAAAUCAUUUAGAAGUGCAUUGCGGGAACAUGACUUGCGGUGGGACGCUCUGUACAAAACGACGGCGCGCCAGAUGUUGAAACGGGAGAUCACGUCCACCGAUAGAUGUCGCGAGGUCCGCCUGGAGUUGACGGAUGACCUGGAGCUGGCCCUGGGCGAUGUUGUCGACGACCGCAAAGCGUCCUUCGACGAGAAGGCGCGGGUCGCCUCCGAAAAGGCGUUAGCUCGAGCCAACAAGGCCGUGGAGCUCCUCGGCAUCCUCGCGUCGCGGUUGUGCGCGGCCGAGGCGACGCGCUUCGCGUCCGGGUGCAUGACGCUCGACGACUUCGAGGAGAUCUCGGCGGGCGAGGCGGCGUGCGUGGCUCCGCACGACGUCGCGAAACGGCUCGGGCGGCAGCUGGCGGCUUUGGAGGAGGCCGUCGUCAUCGCCGACGACCCGGAGAUCGGCGACAAAGUCCGGGACACGGCGAGGCUCUGUACGCCGCUGGCGUCCAUCGACGGCGCGCGGCCGCAGCGCAUCCGCGCGCCGCACACGGUCCAGUUCGCGGCGCACAGUGUCAGGCGGCUCGGCUCCGUCGUCGAGCGCUUCGACCGCGCGGAGCAGCUGCUCCGGGGCAUCGUGGGGGCGCUGCGGUCGCAGCUCGACGCCAUGACGGCGGCGCGCGUCCGCGUCGAGCACGAGCGCGUCGGGCGGCACGUGCGGGCGUUCCGCGCUCGCGUGAAGAACGACGAGGUGCGGGUGGAGCCACUGGUGAUCGGGGACGACGACGGGGUCGAUGCCUUGCUGAUGUUUCGCUGACGUAAAGUGAGAAAUACUAAAUUGCAC